AUGUGGUCGAAUUCACGUUGCAUAGCUGUGGGGGAUGUUGUCAUUCUAUGGAUGACUCGAGAAGAUAUUCAACCAAUUGUCGUAACACCUGGCAAAGAGUUGAAUGGUCGGUACGGAGUCUACCGACAUUCUGACCUUGUGGGUGUAAGCUAUGGGUCAAAAAUUUCAUCUCGAAACGGGAAAGGUUUUAUCCAUGCAUUAAGACCCACACCUGAGCUGUGGACAUUGGCACUUCCGCAUAGAACGCAGAUUUUGUAUCAUGCGGACAUAUCCUAUAUUUCCAUGUGGUUAGGAAUCAAACCUGGAAGCGCAGUAGCCGAGGCUGGUACAGGAUCUGGGUCAUUCUCUCAUAGUAUUGCUCGAACUGUCGGUCCAACUGGAAGGCUCUUCUCCUUUGAAUUCCACGAACAGCGUGCAAAUAAGGCGAGAGAAGAGUUUGCGAGGCAUGGGAUGAACGAGUUCGUGGUAUUGCAACAUCGAAAUGUUUGCAAAGACGGAUUUGGUCUUCAGAAUGAAGUUGACAGUGUAUUUUUGGAUCUCCCAGCGCCAUGGGAAGCAGUUGCAUCCGCCAAACAGGCUCUCAGAAAAGACCGCAUUGGGCGCAUUUGUUGCUUCAGCCCCUGUAUGGAACAGGUCCUACGUACCGUAUCCGCCUUGAACGAAUUGGGCUUCACAGGUCAGACACCAACUCCCUUCGAAAAUUUUGCCUCUAAUCCAGAUUAUUUUGUCCACCCUUUUCUGGUCGGACGAGCAGGGGUUACAAUGUAUGAAACCCUCACCAAACCACAUGACAUAUGCAGUGCGCCUAUGCAAACGGUAGAAGAUGCCGCCAGUCGACUUCGAGACAUUGAAACACGUAAAGAGCAACGUCGCCUUAAACAAAUUGAAGCUGCUGCCCGAGACAAGAAGCGAAAAAGGGUUGAGGGAGGUGAGGGAGAACAAAGUAAUGAUCACUCUAAAAGAACCAAGGUGGCGCAGCUUGGUGGGGAAUCACUACCUGAAUUGGAUUUUUUCGGUUCUCCUUCAGGCAAUUCGUCUUCAAUUCAGCAAGAGCGGGGCCCACAUACAAACACGAUAUCGCCCAAAGCCUCAGAAGAGAGGUACAUAGUUUCGAAACCGUUUGGUGAAGUGCGCGGUCAUACCUCCUAUCUUACAUUUGCUAUGCUGGUUCCUUCGACAUGCGAUAGCACCCGCUCAAAAGAGCUAACUGGGGCUCAACCAAUGGGAACGAACUCGGCCUCUCUUCGAAACCAGCGCAACGCUGGAUUCUCUGAUUGCUGCGAUUCCCGAGGAGGUGAGACUCUCGCAUUUCUGCAGGCUGGUCGUUGA